UACAAAACAGGAAACACAUAACACAUCUCACACACAACCCUCAGUGGCUCCAUUUUCUAGCUAGCUAUCUAGCAACUUUUGAUGUUCUACCUUUUAUAGUUUUAAGGACAUAUUUCCAUUUUUGUUGAACUGAAACGACGAAUAUUUCAAGAUGGGGGGCGGCGAUCUGAACUUGAAAAAGAGCUGGCAUCCCCAGACUAUGAAAAACAUUGAGCGUGUUUGGAAAGCUGAACAGAAACAUGAGGCUGAACGCAAGAAGAUCGAGGAACUCCAGAAAGAACUGAAAGAGGAACGAACACGGGAAGAAAUGACAAGAUUUGCGGAGGAAACUGGCGCCAUCAAAAAAAAGGAUGAUCGCCUGGACUGGAUGUACCAGGGCCCUGCUGGCCAGGUGUCCAGAGACGAGUAUCUUCUGGGACGUCCCGUUGACAAACAGAUCACCGACCAAUAUGAGGAGCCAGAAAGCGGUCCAUCGGCUGAGACCGGCCUCCUGCCUGGGUCCAUCUUCAACCCCACCACCCCUGCCUCCAACCUCGACCUGGCUGCCAAGAUCAGGGAAGACCCCCUGUUUGAAAUCAGGAAACGCGAGGAAGAAAAGAAGAGAGAAGUCUUAACCAAUCCAGUGAAGAUGAAGAAAAUUAAAGAAAUGCUGCGCCAGAAUCUCGACAAGAAAGACAAGAAAAAGAAGAGGAAGAAGGAUAAAAAGGAGAAGAAAGGAGACAAAGAGAGGAGAAAGGAGAAGAAGCAUAAAAGAAGGAGCAGGAGUUCAAGUUCAAGCUCAGACGAGGAAGACGAGAAAAAACACAGGUCACAUUCAAGAGACGAAUCUGCAGCAGACACCAAGUCUCGUUCCCAUCAUCUUCCAGGCUACGGCCUUCUGCUCCCUGCUGGCAGACAUCACCAGCCCUCAGCUCCCUUCAAUCACUCGGGGGGUCGUGAGAGGAGCCGCUCCAGAUCGCCACACAGGAACAACAGUCACUCCUACUCUUCUUCCUCACACAGCAGAGGUGACAGGACGGUCAAGCCUAGAGAUGCCAGCCCAAAGAGAGAGCGUCACCACAGACAGAGGCACCCCGUGUCCAAGAAGCUCUCUGCAGAAGAGCUGGAGCGCAAGAGGCGGGAGAUGAUGGAGCAGGCCAAGCAGAGGGAGGAGGACAGAGAGAAUAAUGUGAGAAGAUACAAGAGGCAAGACGAGCAGGAAAAGCAGCGGGAACAGAAUGCCAAGAUUGACCGCCACGCUGGCUUCAUUCAUAACAUGAAGCUGGAGAGUGCUGCCAGCUCUUCUUUAGAGGACAGAGUGAAGAGGAAUAUCCACUCCAUUCAGAGGACGCCAGCCUCCCUGGACAACUUUAUGAAGAGAUGAAGACACAACACAUUUGUCACUACAGACAGACUGAACUUAACUGAUUGAAAGAAUUGGAAAGAGUAUGUCAUCUACUCCUUUAUGAGGAUGGAUGGGUUGGUGGGAGUCUUUUAUGAGUUCAAACAGGGACCCACAUAGCUCCAUGCCUACGUAUGACUUUUAUUUUGAAAAACAGUUUCCACAAGGGUAACAUCAUUUUUAUUUCAGAUUCAUGCAAAAGGCCUAUCAUAGCUGCUCUGUUGUAGUUACUUUCCUGAAAUACCCUUUUAAAUAUCAUGUGAUUUGAACUUUGUACAGUACAUAGUUUUUGUUUUUACAGUAUAAUACGACCUGCUUUUAUCUCAAAUGUUUUUGUAAUAUAUAUUUGUUACUUAGUGUACACCUGUGAGUAGCAACUGAAAUAAAACAUGUUUCCAGAGCUCCA